AGGACCUCCAAUACCAUAUAAGUAUACAUUUGAAGGUGCUUUGAGGAAAAGUACCUAGUUUUUCAUGUGGGUUAUCCCACAUAGUUACAAUUACGCUAUAGGGAAAAAUGAAGCUGUAUUGAAUUAAAUAUUAUACAUAGCAGUGGAUAACAUACUGUACUAUGCAUUUACAAAGGAAGAUACCUAUAUCACACAAAGUGUGCUGGUGAAUAUGCUGCAAUCUCAGGGGAAUGCAUACACUCAAGGGGGAGGGGAGGACGAUUUUAAGAGAAACAGUGUUAAUCUGGUGUAUAGAGAAAGGUGGGACUGCAACUAAAGAAUCUUCAUCCCAAAACUGAGACUGAUUACAAAACUCUUUCAAAUACCUGUGGAUAUACUGGCUGUGUUGAGUCCUUGAUUUAAAAACAGUGGCUUUUUACAGAAAUUACUCAUUUGUGUUUUUAAAUGAAAAACUCAUCAUGUUUUUUGAAAAUUGUAUUCUUUUCAGUCCACAUAGUAAACUUAAACCACUUGCGGAUGUGCUGACUCACUCACAAAGAGACCCUUUUUCUCCAGAUAGACCUGAAAAUAAAGCCACUUAAAACAUACCCCACCCCACACUCUCUGACCCCCCUGUGGCCUGAUAACCAUGUCCAACCACCCCAGUAUUAUAGAGGCAUUUCUUGUUCUCUGUUAAUUGGCACAGCAAUUACUUUCAAUGCACUGCACCGAUCUUGGCCCGCCAUGUGUGAGUGACUUCUACUCACGUUUCUUUGUGGUUGUGAAGUCUGACUAUGUUUAUGUUUGGAGAGAAAUGAUAGGUUAUGCUGCAUGGUUGAGAGCUCUAACUGCCUUUUAAAACAAGCAAGAACUUCGGGGGGCUCGUUUACAUGAGUGUAUUCCCAGACAUGCCACUUUUUAAUUGAGAUAUACUCAGCAAAACAAUUACUGAGAACUGUGAUGUUUGCGUGAUUAUAUUAACCCUCUGGCAAGUAAAUGCAACAGACUGGUCGCUAAAAAAUUGUUAUAUGAGAUGCAAUUGACAUACCUGAGUUCUUCAGGAAUUUCUUCAUGUGUUAUAGUAUGUACUUCAGUUAUAUAAAACCUGAAUAAACAUGAGUACCACUGUCAACAUCUCAGUUGGCUUGACAUGUGGCCCUUGCUUUCUCUAUCUGAUGUUAUUGCUGCUCUCCUCCUCCUCCUGUUCAUCAAGUUUCGUUUAGUCUGACUGCUUUUUUUGUAUCCUGAAUUCCCUCCUUGUCUGCUUAGCGAAUAAAUAGCAGGAGGGACCCUCAGCUUGAGCAGUCCCACUCUCCUCCUCUCACACUCAGCAUCCAUCUGACACCAUGUGGACCCAGGCCAGCGCUCUGCUGCUGCUUGCCUGCUGCCUUUGUCCGGCCGAGGCUCAGAGCGACGGCAGCAGGAGACAAAACAUCUGGGAUGAUCCCAUUAAAUUCAACACCAAGGCCAAGGAUCUGUGCACCAUGAUGAUCACUGGGCAUAGGGAAUACACCAGGCUGAGGCUGUCAUGCCAGAGCAACAAGCGGUCAUACUGGUGUGAGUACUUGGGGAAGCCUUACACGUGCAGCCCCUACAACAAAAACCCUCGGCAUUACUUCGUCCAGAUGAUGUGGGGUCUAAGAAAGCUCCACAAUGCCUGCCAGGCUCCCAAGGUCAUCAAACCUCACAUGUGCAGGAAGGCAAGCAACGACUCUCAAAUGGUCUUCUCAUCGGCUUCUUUCUCCCGGUCAUGGUCAGAGGCUACGGGAUCAAGACCAGCAGCAGCACAGCCUGCAAGACCUCAGCCCCAACCUGCAUCUACAAGGCCUGCUUCAGCAAGACAAGCGUCCACAAAAUCCAUCCGAGUCUCACCAAGAGUAAAGACCUCACAGCAAACCAGUCCACAGCCAACAGCACCCACUGUGGAGAGCUUUCCUAAGAGGAUGGCUCGGCAGUACUGCUGGAGGUCACUUCAAGGUGUCUGCACCUACAUCAUCGGUUUGUUUCGGCAUUAACGAGGAAGAUUUACAAUUCUGAUGAAGAUAACUUCUGAUGUCUGAUUAAAGCUGCCCUUGGGGGGAAAUUCCAGACCAGCUGUUUGUUAGUGGUGGUAGAAGAGGUGUAGCGCUCUCUUCAGGGAAGGGAUGGUACUGCCAUGACUGGCACAGGAUUCCUCAGUGAACCAUGCAGCAUCAACUUCCACUGUGAGCUACUCUGAAAUGUCUGGUUAAAUAUCCUUCCAAAAAUCAUGAUCGGAAGAACUUCACUACCUGACGUAAACAUGUGAGAACAAAUGGUUCACACAAUAGGCUAUGAAACUCGAGUAUGAAAUGGUACAAGAAAAGUACCACUUUAAAAACCUUUUCAUCAACAUGUUGACAUGACAAAAAACUCAUUGGUGUCAUUUAUUUGUAUUUAUGUUUUUUUACUUGUAUAUAAUCUACUUGCAUCACUUAACAUUACCUUGAAUAUUACAUUGUUGGGGAUGGUCCUCGUUUGGCCUAAAAAGGCAAUGG